GAUUCGAUUGGUAUAAUGUUUACGCUCCGUCGUCGUGCCUCGUCUUUUGCGUAGAAAGAGCAAAGCAGAGGGCAGAGACGGGAAGGAAUAAACCAGUAGCAACAGAUAGUGAAAGUGUGCGGCGCAACUUCCUCAAGCUGGUGGGAAAAGCUUCGGCGGGGGCGUUAAAACGUUCGGACACGGUUGCCAACCAUGGCUGAAACGAUAGAAGAUGUGCCGAUGGCGGACAGCAGCGACGGUCAAAUGGAACACGGUCGCACCCGCGAAAGUAUUCAGUCCAACAGUUCGUUCAGCUCGUCCACGAGCGACCAGGACGGGGCGGACGAUGGAACGUACAUAGACAACAGUCCGUGGGUGUUCAUGCCAGAGCCGCUGUUUAUCAACAUUUUCCUGCAGCUUGAGGCUCGCGACGUCCUGAACGCAGGACAAUGCUGCAAGCGAUGGUAUAAACUCUCGAAGGAUGAUUACAUCUGGCGGAAGUAUUUCCGCCAGGAGUUUAAUGUGGAUCCAUCCAUACCGCUGAAACGAGGAGCGGAAUCCUGGCGUGCCGAGUAUCGACGAUUAACAAAUAAUGUACCAAUGGUUAUGACGGAUGUAUUGACCUUCCAUUCGCAUCAAGUGCUGCACGUCAGCUUUUCACACAACGGGAAAAUGUUUGCCACAUGCUCCAAGGAUGGGUUCGUGAUCGUAUGGAAUUCGGCUUAUCCGACCACGAUACGGGAUUCGUACGAUAUGCGUAAGCUUAGCUGGAAGUAUACCCAGUUUUCCCAGUUCAAUCAAAGCGACACGCUCCUGCUCGUAUCCGGCGUCCAUUUUGGCUCACCACAUAGUACUUCCGGCGAGAUUGCUGUAUUCACUGUACAAAACGGCUUUAAACUAAAGUGUCGAGUUACGAAUCGACCGUACGACAUAUUCGGCACCUGGUUCAGCGAUCAACAUCUGCUGUCUGGUGAUCUUAGCUGGUUGGCACAUUUGGUCAGUUCUUCCAUUCUGUGGCUCAAUAAGGCGAACCAGGAGGUCGAUUCGGAGCAUACCCCGGUACGAAGUCAAAUGUACAAAUUCUACAAUCGCAAUGCCAGCUCCAUACGUGCGAUCAUGGUUGCCAAUUGUCCAUGGUUAAGCGAUGAAACCGAGGGUAAGCGGGAUAAUGGAAAAAAUUCGACCACCGAUGGUGCCGAGCAGAAAUCGACGGACGAGGAACCGGGCACCAGUGGUGGAGAUCGUCGUGCAGGAAAUCCACUUUCCCAUUACCAGAUGAACCAGGAUGUAGACUCCGACGAUGAUCAGGAGGAAGCAGUAGAUGAUGGCGAGUUAUUGCUCUAGUAUCGUCUAACGCUGGUGAAUGUUUAUUGAAUUAAUGCAUUUGGUUACUGUUGUUUGACACACACAGGUCAAGAUCCGAAUGCGGUAGAGGAUGUGCCGUACCAGUUGCUAGUUGGCGAUCGGGCAGACUAUGCCAGCCCGAUACAGUAUCUGGAAGAAUUUCGCCAGGAGUACGAGGAAUCGUACUACGAAUCAUCGGACGACUGCCUGGAGGACGAUGAAGACGAUGCGGACGAAGAGGAGCUGUCCGACGGGGAGGACGAUUUAGAAAAUCUUUGCCCAAAGUAUCUGAUAUUUUCGACCGGAUCGAAAACUUACACACCGCAUCAGAUCGGGUUCAAGCGCAUCACGAGUGUUAACUUCCCGCGCCGUCUCGAUCCGGGCCCGUCGCUUCGGGAACGUAUAGCGCUGCGCGAUCGGCAGCGCGAGUUACAGGUAAUUAUGGCUGAGAUGUCACCAGAAGAAAUCCGCCUGCAGUAUAUCUUACAGAACGAGGAACCGCCGAUGGAACCAAACUGGGCGAACUACGAAGCAGUGGCCGGCCGCUUCGACAAGGUGGACAAGCUGAUUGAUCUGCACGGGCACAUCAUUGGGAUGGGGCUGAGUCCGGACCAUCGCUACCUGUACGUUAACAGCCGACCGUGGCCGAAAAAUUGCGUCAUUCGUAAUCCGCUCGAUCCGCCGGCGAUCGCGCAGGAGAUCGAUAUACAUGUAAUAGAUUUGAUGACAUUGAAAAAGGUGGGCAAGAUGCGGCGUGCUCACAAGGCGUACACGCCCAAUACUGAAUGUUUCUUCAUUUUUCUGGACGUCUGUGAUAAUUAUGUGGCCAGCGGUUCCGAGGACAUGCACGCAUACCUUUGGGAUCGUUAUUAUGGCGUAUGUUUGGCAAAGUACCAGCACACUGACGUGGUAAACAGUGUUGCUUUCAACCCGCGUGACAAUGAAAUGCUUGUGACCACCAGUGAUGACUACGAAAUUAAGAUAUGGCGAUCAUUUUCGAAAGCGCAAAAGCUGGGUAUACCGACAACUAACCGGGCGUUGGAAUUUCGUAAAUUGAAAAACAAUCGUCCUUCAUCGCAACCCCAACCACACCAGCAAGGAAUGCGAUCAUUCGUUUAG